GGAAGCCCAUCUCAUUUAUUAAUCUGUGUUAGGUAAUUCUUGGACACACACACACAUCACAAUUAUUUAAAAAAGUGUAAAAUAGUGUGCAGUAAAGGAGUAGGGCUGAGCUGUUCUCUCUCACACGUAUAAUUCCCUCUCUUCUUCUUCUUCUUCUUCCUCACUCACUUCAGAGUUGUGAAAACAUUUCCUCACUUAACGUUUCCUAUUUUACCCUUCUUCUUCCUCUUCAAAAUCUCUCCCCACUAAUAUGUCUUCUUCUCUGUGAAUCCCAAAUGCAGAUAAUGAUGAAGACGACGACGUCUCAGAUCUUUCUUCUUCUCUUCACCUUCUUCUUCUUCUUCUCACAUUCACUUCCCCUCACUUCCAACAACAACGAUCUCUCCGACAACGAAGUCCGUUUAAUCGCACAACGUCAGCUCCUCUACUACCGCGACGAGUUCGGCGACCGCGGCGAGAAUGUCGUCGUCGAUCCAUCUCUUGUCUUCGAGAAUCCACGUCUCCGUAACGCUUACGUUGCUCUCCAAGCUUGGAAACAAGCUAUUCUCUCUGAUCCCAACAAUUUCACUACAAACUGGAUCGGUUCUGACGUUUGCAGUUACACCGGAGUUUUCUGCGCUCCGGCUUUGGAUAACCGCCGGAUCCGUACCGUCGCCGGGAUAGAUCUCAACCACGCUGACAUUGCUGGCUAUUUGCCUCAAGAGCUCGGUUUGUUAACGGAUCUCGCUUUGUUUCAUGUUAAUUCGAACCGGUUUUGUGGUACUGUACCGCAUCGGUUUAAUCGGCUUAAGCUUUUAUUCGAGCUUGAUCUCAGCAAUAACCGGUUCGCCGGUGUAUUCCCAACCGUCAUCCUCCACUUACCGUCGUUGAAGUUUCUGGAUCUGAGGUUUAACGAGUUCGAAGGACCUGUGCCGAGAGAGCUCUUCAGCAAAGAUCUAGAUGCCAUUUUUAUCAACCAUAACCGGUUCCGGUUUGAGUUACCGGAUAAUUUGGGAGAUUCUCCGGUUUCCGUCAUCGUCGUCGCGAAUAAUCAUUUCCACGGUUGUAUCCCGACGAGUUUGGGUGAUAUGAGGAACCUUGAAGAGAUCAUCUUCAUGAACAAUGGGUUUAAUUCUUGUUUACCGUCUCAGAUCGGGCGGUUGAAGAAUGUAACGGUAUUUGAUUUCAGUUUUAACGAACUCGUUGGGCCGUUACCGGCGAGUGUUGGCGGGAUGGUUUCGUUGGAGCAGUUAAAUGUGGCGCAUAAUAGAUUCUCCGGUAAGAUUCCGGCGAGUAUUUGUCAGUUGCCGAGGCUGGAGAACUUCACGUUCAGUAACAAUUUCUUUACCGGAGAGCCGCCGGUAUGUCUGGCGUUGCCUGGCUUUGAUGAUCGGCGUAAUUGUUUGCCGGCAAGACCUGCGCAGAGAUCUCCGGGACAAUGUGCGGCUUUCUCAUCUCUUCCGCCGGUUGAUUGUGGAUCGUUUGGGUGUGGUCGUUCUUCUCGGCCUCCGGUUGUUACCCCGUCACCGCCAACAACACCGUCACCUGGUUCUCCUCCGUCAACGCCUGGUUCCCCUCCGUCAACCCCUGGUUCUCCGCCGUCAGUUCCUGGUUCUCCUCCGUCAACUCCUGGUUCCCCUCCAUCAACCCCUGGUUCUCCGCCGUCAGUUCCUGGUUCUCCUCCGUCAACGCCUGGUUCCCCUCCAUCAACCCCUGGUUCUCCGCCGUCAGUUCCGAUAUCUCCUGUUUCUCCUAGUCCCCCCAGCAUUGUCCCGUAUCCGCCGUCAACUCCACCAACUCCCAUAUCACCUGGUCAACAUGCACCACCUGUUUACCCAAGUCCACCAUUCCAAGUCCCGUCUCCGCCGCCAAAUCCGCCGUCAUAUCCUGGUCCUCCUUCACCGCCUAUGAUUCCUAGUCCUCCGAUCAUUGUCCCGCCGACAACUCCUCCCUCACCAACUUCUCCUUUGCCUCCGUCUUACUCUACUCCGCCACCUCCCCCGUCAACAGGAUACUCUCCUCCAUCACCACCAACAUACUCACCUUCUCCGCCAACGCAUUCUCCGUUUCCAUCACCGCCACCUCCUCCGCUGCCAACAACCUAUCCACCGCAUCCAACUCCAUCAAAACCACCUCACUUACCUUCACCGCUGCCACCACCUCCCUACUACUACAGCUCACCACCACCACCGCCGCCGCAAUACUCAUUACCGCCACCACCGCACUCACCACCACCAACUUAUCACUACUCACCCCCACCAUCAUCUCCACCGUGCAUAGAAUACUCACCGCCUCCGCCCCCAGCUAUCCAUUACAAUCCUCCGCCACCACCACCAACAGAGCACUACAGUCCUCCGCCAUCACCACCGGUUUACUACUACUUUUCACCUCCGCCACCACCGCCUAGAGUCCACUAUAGUCCCCCGCCUCCACCGGUAAUUCACCACAGCCCACCACCGCCUUCUCCGGCAUACGAGGGAUCACUACCGCCGAUUCCCGGAAUAUCAUACGCUUCACCACCACCGCCUCCCUUCUAUUGAGUCCCUUUUUUCAAAAACAAAUCUCAAGACGGGUCCCACCAGACCACUCACUUAUGCUAAAACCCGAAGCCGAAAAACGAUGUCGUCUCAUAGAUUGGUGGAAACAUCAGAUACACGGCGUCGUUUUACCAUUUCUUGCAGGGAGAGAGAUAGAGAAAGGAACGUACGUACGCGUGGUGGUGGCGGUGGUGGUGGGGAUAAUAUUCUUCGAAAUACUUUAAUUUCGGGGGGUGAAAAAACCAGUCAUGUUUGCAGGGAAAAAAAUAUAUAUGAGUGUAUGUAAUUAGAGGACAAAAAUUAUAUUAAGAAAUGGAUGAGAGCAACCUCAUCUUUAUGCUCCUUAUUAUUAUUAUUAGUGUUCUUAAUUAAAUUUAAUAAUUAUCA